AUGAGCUUUCGGGGGUUUUCCAAGAGCAUAACGCGGGCGCCGCAAACAUUCAAGCACAAGUUCAACAUUGGCGAGCACACGAAAGAUGCCGUCUAUAUCGACUCGGAACGGCGGUUCCAGGAGCUGGAGACCGAGACCAAGAAGCUACACGACGAGAGCAAGAAGUACUUCGAGGCCAUCAAUAAUAUGCUGAACCACCAGAUCGAGUUCUCCAAGGCAAUAGCCGAGAUCUACAAGCCCAUCAGCGGCAGGAUGUCCGAUCCGGACUCUCUGGUAGUGCACGCGAACCCGGAAGGCAUUCAGGCCUGCGAGGAAUACGAGGCUGUAGUGAAAGAUCUGCAGGAGACGUUGUCACCAGAGUUGGAAAUGAUCGAAAGUAGGGUUAUUCGACCUGCCAACGAGCUGACGGACGUCAUCAAGAUCAUUCGCAAGCAGAUUGUGAAGCGCGAGCACAAGAAGUUGGACUACGACAGGCAUCGUGCGACCCUGAAGAAGCUUCAGGACAAGAAGGACAAGUCCAUCAAGGACGAGAAGGCUAUGUGGAAGGCCGAGAACGACGUGGAGGCGGCCACCCAGGACUACAACUACUUCAACGAUCUCUUGAAGGACGAGUUGCCAAAGUUGUUUGCUCUCGAGCGGGAGUUUAUCAGGCCCCUGUUCCAGUCAUUCUACUACAUGCAACUCAACAUCUUCUACACGCUCCACGAGAGGAUGCAGCGCUGCGACAUCGGCUACUUCGACCUGACACUUGAUAUUGAGGAGGCCUUCCAGCAGAAACGAGGUGACAUCCAAGAGCAGGCCGAGAAGCUGUCGAUAGUCAAGUUCAAAUCAACCGGCCAAAGGAGACCCCCCAAAUACCAGCCGAAGCCAGCAGCACUUGAGGGUAACCGGCCGGCUGGCCUACUCACCCAGGGCCCCACGAGCCCGACACCCUCGACCUCAACAGCGGCAGGCACGUCAGUGCUUAAUUCCGCAUCACCGGCACUGGGGUCGGCGACACAGGGGUUCGGGUCUGCUACACCAGGUCUCGCCUCUCCAUCGUCAUCUGCGUCCAAGACAGGAUUCCACCAGCGCACAGCGAGCGUAGAGAACCCGCCUCCGCCGUACUCCGCCGGGCCGACGUCUCCACCUCUGACAAGCCCAAAGUCGGCAUCCCUGGCCGCAGCGGCUGCUGCAAAGUCUAAGCCCCCACCGCCGAAGCCCAAGCCAAGCAGGUUGAGUGCCGCUCCGGCCGCUGAGAUGGUGACGGCGCUGUACGAUUACUCCGCGCAGGCAGAAGGUGACCUGAGCUUCCGGGCCGGAGAUGUCAUCGAGAUUGUGAGCAGGACACAAAAUGAGAAUGAGUGGUGGAUCGGAAAGCUCCAGGGCAAGCAGGGCCAGUUCCCAGGCAACUACGUCAGUCUAGGCUAA